UUUCAUUGGCUCGAAUAUGAACCAAUGACGUUGCUUCUUGUUGGGAGACUGGCUGCAGUCCUGUGUGACAUUCACUGUUCACAUGUCAACUAUAUGCCGUUAAAUAUCUCAAAAUGAAUGUUAUUCUGUCGACUUUUUCCAGACUGGGUGCAAUAACACGCUUGAGUGGCAUUGCUACAGGAAACCUUCCAGUAAAUGGCACCGCUCACUUGAGGUCAUUCAGCAACUGGAUUGUGCCCAGAACUGCUGAAAGACCCGUGAUUUCCAGAUUGCCAUGUGUGCUUUCUUCACAAGCUGAGGGUUCGGGAGUGUUCCAGCAGCUUCCCUGGCAAUACCAGCAGGUACGAACCAGGAAAAGAGGCACGGAGUAUCAGCCCAAGAACAUCAAACGCAAAAGAACCCACGGCUGGAUCAAGAGGCUCCGCUCACGGGGAGGCAUCGAAGUGCUUCUGCGCCGCAUGAUAAAGGGACGGAAAUCGCUGUCACAUUGAACAUUCCUGCUGGAAAACAAGACUUUCCAGAAACAGACAUUGGUUCAGAAAUGUUGGAAGUGCUCAGUGUGCAGCAAAGAACAUGUGUAUUGGGUUAAAUGUUUGUACUGGGUGUGGUUUGGGUUUGGAGGUCCCACACUAUUAAUACUGAGAGAAGAAAAGUAGCCUCUGGCAGAGGAGAUGCAUUUACCAUAAGGGAAAAGAGACCCGGUAGUUUCACAUGUCCACCCUACAACUUUGAUGUAAAUCAUUAAAUGUCAGCAGUGUUUCAUCAGCGUGAAAUAAUUUGUUUC